AUGGGCCCUCCCAGAUACGUGGUUCCCUUUAUGGACAAUCAUCGGGGCGGCGACGUGCCUCGGAGGCCCUCCCAAGGCCGGCGGCGCCCCCAGAGGUCCUCCAUAAAGGGUGUUGGCGCACCUAUGGGACCUACUAAGUGCGAUGGCGCCCCCAUGAGCGCUCCUAGGGGCGGUGGCGGCCCUAAGGGCCCUCCCAUAGGCGGAGGCGCCCUUGAGUGCCCGCCCAGGAGCAGCUGGGGCUCUGCCCUGGGCAGCUUGCCCCUACGGGACCUACCAAGGUGUGGCAGCGCCCUCACGAACCCUCCCAAGGGCGGUGGCGCCCUUAGUGGCCCUCCCAGGAACGGGCAGAGUCCCCACUGUCUUCUACCAGAGGCGUAA